AUGGGGACUAGAGGGGACCCCGGUCUUCUGGUGCCCACCCCUCCCCAGGCUACCCAGCCUCCACUACCCGUCCUGUCCUUCUGGCCCCUUAUUCUCCUGGAUUCAGCCUGUGCUUCCGUGUCCUGCAGCCACCUCGAGAGGCUCCCGAAUGAGGGUGGCUUUCGUCAGCGCUCAUGUCAAGACCUCUCUAGUGAGGUGUGCAAAGCAAAUCCUGCGGGAUCCCAGCAGUCCUGUGGGGAGCCUGUAGAAGAUGUUGCUCCCGUCAUGUUCCCGUUGGCUUCCCCAGUUCCUCUGACUGAACAUCCACUACCUUGGUCCUCUAGCCUGUCACCAAGCCCAAGGACCUCCUCGUUUUCUUUUCAUUCGUGCUCAUCUGUGAGUGCCUCUCAGCCACCAGAGCCUUUCCUUCCCCUGGAUGGCCUUUUACCCAAGCCACUUACACUGUCUACUUCCACUUCAUGUCUCCCUGAUUCAGAGGCCCACCCUCCACUUCUGACAGCCUCCUCUGCACCCCCACCACAAGAUUCCACUCUGAUUCUUCCCAAGUGUGACUCAGUGAGCUGGUCUCCACACAUGCCUUGGUCAGCUUCGCCUAUUCCAGCCAUGUCAGGCCUUGACCACUCAAUCUGUUCCAUUUCGACUCUGUCUCGGUGGCAGAUGGAUUCCAAAGCCCACAGCCUCUCUACUUCAACACACUUUAAGUCUCAACAAGAGCAAGUGUCCCAUCACCUACCAGAGGACUCAUCCAGGCGGCACCCCACAGAUGAACAGAUAGAGACUAGUACUCUCUCAUUUUUCAACCCUGAUGUCCAGAAGCCGAUCUCUGGGAGAGUAGAACUGAAGAUUUGGAAGGAACAAGAAAAAAAAGAAGGGUCAGACUACCACUUGAAUUCUUUGACAAAUAUGAUCAAGUCACUGGGUGAUGAGCAGGACGCCCUCUGGGGAAUGAAAGGCAAACCAGAGAAGCUGCUUGGUCCUGAGAAGCACCUACAUCCUGAAACAUUUGAGACCAAUUUACAGCAGAAAUGCAGCCAGCUCUUCUGGGGUCUCCCCUUUCUGCAUAGUGAGUCUCUGGUGGCUACUGUCAGAGAAACCCCACCAGAGUUUCCUUCUGUCAUAUUCAAUGAAUUCCCUCAUGCCUUACCAUUGCAAAUUCGGCGUAAAGUAACUUCACAUCUUACCCUGGCCCAGCCCUUGCCCCACCCUGUGACCCAACCCAAACUCUUGACUCCAGCCAUGCCCCAAUUCCAGACUCCACCUCUGGCUCAGAUCCAGACCCAGACCCAUCUACCACCUUUUUCUCCACCCCAAACAAGGACCACUGGGGUAUCUUGCCCUACAACCCAGGAUAAGGCACGAUCUUUUAUCUCAAUUUCAUAUCAAGACCUGGAACCUCACUUUUGGAAGAAGCAACUAGAAGGGGAAAGAUCUUUCCCCUUUCUGGUGAAAAAACCUCAAGUGCUUUCUAGCAAAGUCAAUCCCAACUUUCCCCAGGAAAAUGGGGCCUCCCAUACUCCCAGGCCAGUCUCCCUUGCUUUUGAGGAUGUGAUCAACCCUGAGAUUCUGGAGCAAUUGGAACAACACCUUCAGAAAAGGUUCGUGCAUUAUAGACACGUGGCUGGCCUGCCCCACUGGAUGCAAUUAUCUCUGGAACUUCCACAGCUUGACGGAGAAUUCCCACAGGCACAUCAGGCACAGGGCAUGCGGGGGACAUUUCAGACCUCUGCAUUUACAGGAAACAGCAGCCAGGAUGCAGAAAAAAUAGGAUAUAGGCAUCCAGCAAUGAUCCCACCAAGGAUGGACCUGGGCAAGGAUGUGGGGCAUAAUGCGAGGAAGAUCAUAAAAGACGUACACAGGGGCUCAACGAGCUGCCCAGUGAAGGUUCUGGAAGAGAGCUAUGAAGAUUCAAAAAGAGAUUUGGUGAAGACAUCGACAGUGGGCCCAGAAAAGAAGUAUCCAGAAAACUUCUUGAGAGUCCAUUCCGUCAGAACGUCAGGGCAGAUCAGUGAGGGUCGGAUCCCCAUGGAUGUUCAUCAUUCAAGGAUUGCUGCUAAUCAUGCCCUAGACCUUCCUAGAGAGUCAAAUGCGCACACGGAAGCCAGAAAUCCAGCAUCUUCUAAAAGUUGGGAAUCCCACAUGAACACCUCCCAUGAGGUUUUCAGCCGCCGUCCACAAGCUCGACAGUUGCUAGAAGCACAUAUUAAAAGGUUUUGGGUGAGGCACAGAUGGGGCCUACCCCUCAAGGUUCUCAAGCCUGUAAAAUUCUUUAAGUUGAAAAAGGCUCAACCCUCGCCUCUUCGAUGGUCUCUCUUUAACCCCUCAGCCACCUCUGCAUCUGGGGCCCACUCUAAAGCUAAGUUCACCAAGUUUGGGGGGAAACCUCCUCAGUUCCAUUCUGGAGAAGAGUUCCUAACAGAAGAGUCAGUUCCCAGUCCUCAGCUCUUUCCAGGAGACAGGGUGAUAUCAGAUGAUUCGGUUCCUGGUCUUCAGCCCCUUCUGAGAGACAAGGUGAUAACAGUAGAGUCAAUGCCCACACUGGUGAGUCCUCUCCUUGCCCCCUCAACUGCGUGUGAGGAAAUCCAGAAGGAUGUGGUAGAGAGACCACCUAGUGAUGACCAUGGGUCCUCAGAAAGCCCUCUAAUUGGACAGAUGGGCAGGGUAUCUUCUCAGUCCCUCACAUGCCCCUUUGUGGGCAGAAUCUGGCAUAGUGAGAUUGCCAUGGAAGUGGAGAAAGAGAGCCUGGAGCCAAAUCCAAGUUCAGUGGUGGCCAAGACUGAGCCAAGGAAGGAGAGUGGAGGUCAGACCUCACAAGACUCUAAGUUGGAACUCAACUUAGAGGUCCAAUCUUCAAGAGCCAAAGAAGCCAGGAAGGCAGUGAGGGCCAAAGAGGCCCCUGCUUUAAGUGUUACCUUGGAGCCCUGUGUCACCCUGAGGAGAUCAGAGUCUCCAGAGUCCAGUAAAAAACGCUCAUCACCUACAAACUUGGUUGCCCAAGAUCCAGCAAAGCCAUGCCUCGAUGCACAGCUUAGUCAGCUUGACUUUCAGCGGUUGGUACAGUCAGAGAACCACCCUCAAGGCCAUACCACAACUGUGCUCCUUCAAGACUGUGAAACUGGUGUGCUUCUUCAAGACUGUGCCACGGACACACUUCUUCAAGGCUGUCACUCUGAUGUGUUCCUUGUUGCAGAUGUCUUGGCUUCUCCGGGAUCUCUGUUCAGUUCCAAGAGUAUUUCCAGUGGGGACAUGUCAGCUUCUAAGGUGCUAAAUGACUACAUAUCGAGUGGAGGGAGCAGCCAACAGGAGUCCCUGAGGUUGCAAGACCAAUCUAAGAGCCAGAGCACGACGUUUAUCCCCACUUAUGAGAAGGAAAACAAUGGACGGCCCAAGCCAGGAGAGCACAAAGAAAAGCUGGCAGAAAUGAGGACCUCGCAAGACAGUGGGAUAAGUGCUGCCCUGAGGAAGAAAUCAGAAGAGUCCUUAAGAAGCAAGUCCUUCCAGCUCAUGCAGAAGGAACAGCCUCCACCAGAAAGCUUCCUCAAAAACAGGAUAAAGUACUUUCUGCAGUGGAUGUUCCCCAGGAAAGACAAAGGACUGAAAGAUGACCCGCAUAAAGGCCAGCCUGCAUCAGCUGCUGACCAGAGCUGCGAACCAGUCAAAAGCAGAUCAAUUAUGGGCAGCAGAGCUACCGAGGCUCAGGUACUGGUGACAGCUGUUGGACAGAUCUUAGAGGAGAAAAUGGCACUUCACCAUGGACUCUGUCCCUCAGAGGUGAAUUGCUGCAAAGGAGAACUCCAGGCUCCAGUAGGUCCACAUCUCUGCUACCAGAGGGCUCUCUCUUACAAAGAGCAGAGAAGAGUGAUGAAAAAUAUGGCCGAUGAUGACCAGUUCACCCCUAAUGGACAUAACCACCCUAAUAAGAGCAGACGGAGCAGAGACAGGGACAGCAAGUGGCUCAUCCCACCCAGGAAGCUGGGGUCCCAAGAUAGACUCUACCAGCAAGAGCUGAGGUUGACAAGACCCUCAGGCCAUCUCUACUACUGUCCAGUGCGCUGUCCCCUUCCAAGAUAUGUCUUUCUUGGCCAACCAGAGUGUGCUUCUCAUGCCUUUGCUGGUAGGAAUUUUAUGCAAGAAAAAAUGUAUACCAUGCAAAGAGAAACUUUUCUUUCUCAUGUUAGCACAUCCUCCAUGUGCUAA